CGGGAUUCCAAACCGAUAGGUUAUGUCCGGCCAUGUGUAUAAACCACACAAUAAACGCCCAUCAAGCAAACAAUUUAAUGAAAAUACAAAGCUGUAGGGUCAAGUUUGUGUACCACCCUAUUGUGUUUCGCAAUACUACUACAAAUUGUGGCCCGUUGGUCUAUAGCUACGGUACUACCGCUGCCAACGACACCAAGGAAGGCGUCACAUACUCUGUCACAUGUGAGGAGGGUUUUGCGCCCGAAGUUGCAGAGACAAUGUGUAUGUCAAACGGAUCGUGGGUUCCACAACCAAAAUGUCUGAUAGAUUGUGGCUCGUUGGUCUACAGCUACGGUACUACCGCUGCCAACGACACCAAGAAAGGCGUCACAUACUCGGUCACAUGUGAGGAGGGUUUCGCGCCCGAAGUUGCAGAGACAAUGUGUAUGUCAAACGGAUCGUGGGUUCCACAACCAAAAUGUCUGAUAGCCGAUGGUUACUGUCUUGACACGUGCGUAAAUUACACCGUGGAUGACCGUCAACUCGACGCCCUCGUGCAGAAUUUGACGUUGGAUAGAGGCAACCUUUCGUCGAUGCGUAGGCAAAUGAGCUCGGCCGAAGACAACAGAUUUCUUUCCAAGUUCAUUGGCCUUUCCGGCGUUGCAAUAAUUUGUAGCUUCUGUGGGGUGUUUGUAUGCUUGGAUCUGACCCGCCUGUUGUGUUCCAAGUCAAGCACCCGGGUAAAACCGGAGGACAAAUCGGGUGUAUCAGGCGUAGCGAUCAUUUGCGGCUGCUGUGGAGCGUUCGUCUGCCUUGACAAGGACCGCCUUUGGUACAAGUCGAGCAAUCGAAUGACGCCAAAGGGUCGAAGUGGCGAUUCCGGCGUAGCGACCAUUUGCGGCUACUGUGGCGCGUUUGUCAAUUUCGAUCAGACCCGCGUUUUGGGUCCCAAGACGAGCACCCGGGUAACGCCGCAUGACCAGAGAGAUUAGUGUGUACCUCCAUACGCCAAUUGCAAGAAUCCGAUGCCUUUUGAUAUCUUGAGUGCGGAUCAUACAUUGGUUUAACUAUUGAUGAUGGACAUUAGACUGAGUGUGCAAGCGAAAUAUAGUGAACAACAAAAACAUGGUUAUGUAGGCAUGUAUUUGUUAACUAUAUAGACUAUUCUUUCAAUCAAUUUCUGUCAAAUCGUCUGGAGUCCAAGUCAUUUCUUUCGCGAAACUGUAUGCAUUUAUGUAAUAACUAAAAUCAAUUAUCAUCGGUAUAUUUAAAUUUAUAAGAACUUCGAACAUUAUUUAAAAUUGACU